AUGAGUGGAAACAGUGCCUCAGCUUUUCAAAUAACAGAGCUAAUUCACGAUAAGCUUCCAGAUGGAACUAACGUGACAAUUCUCCCAUUCAAUUCGUAUCGCGAGGCCUCUGAAGAACUCAUAUGCCGAAUAGAAGGAAUCAUGAAUGAUGUGAUUGAGGAAGGUACUGAAUAUCCGCAGCAGGACAAAUUGGAUCGACAGGGUUUCUUAGAUUAUUACUUUCCGCAUUUUGUUGCCGUCAUGGUUGAAGGUGACGUCAAAUCGAAAGAAAAUUGGGAUAUGAAUGAAAACAAAUUCCUAGGAUGCUUUUACAUCAAGCCCAAUUAUGUUGGGAGAGCGUCUCACAUAUGCAAUGCAGGCUUUUUAGUUCCAAGAGAACUUCGGGGCCGGAAAAUAGGAAAGACUAUGGGCCGAAACUAUAUCAAGAUGGCUCCCAAGUUGGGCUAUGAUUACAGUGUGUUUAAUUUAGUCUUCAAGACUAAUGUGGCCAGUGUUAAGAUCUGGGAUGAUUUGGGAUUCCAAAGAAUCGGAUUGGUUCCUCGGGCUGCCAAUUUGAAAGGCUUAGGCUAUGUGGAUGCCAUUAUGUUUGGCUAUAGCUUCAAUAAGCAAGACAAUUGA